AUUCAUUGCGUCGCCCACGCGAGGAUUUGCGUCAAACCGGCGCGUGGGAGUGAGAGAGCAAUGCAGCUUACAUCGGAAUAUCCCCGCACAAGAGAGAGAGACACUCAGCGAGAGAGAGACAGCACAGAUGAGUCUUCAACGCACUUUCUCUCCUUCGCGAGAGGCGGAGCGCUGUCUCGAGACAGCGGCGAGCACCGGGAGCACUCGCGCGCACCAGAUGCGAAAGAGAGCCAUGUCAGUACUGCUGCCACGGUCCUUGGGCGAGCUGCAACUGUACCGGAUCCUGCAGAAGGCAAAUUUGCUCUGCUACUACGAAGCCUUCAUCCAGCAGGGCGGCGACGAUGUGAAGCAGCUCUGUGAGGCUGGUGAGGAAGAGUUCCUCGAGAUCAUGGCCCUUGUCGGAAUGGCGACCAAACCCCUUCACGUUCGAAGACUCCAGAAGGCUUUGCGGGAUUGGGUCACCAACCCUUCCAUCUUCAACCAACCGUUGACGUCUCUUCCUGUUUGCAGUAUACCAGUGUACAAGCUACCCGAAAGUUCCCACAGCAAUGGGCAACAGAACCAGCUUGCGGUGCCCAGGGCAUUAUUACCCACAAGCCCCAGUCCUGGAAGACUGGAGCUAAGCAGGGACGGCACGCCAGGGUGCUCCCCGCUGCAAGGGGCUAGCGAGACUCGUUUCUGGGGAAGCGAGAGCGAGCACAGCCUAUCUCCAUCUGGAGCCUGUUCUCCGUGUUCACCUCACGACACUCUCGAUGCUCUCGAUUCUGCCGCUGUCCAGUGCGUGAUGGAGUGCGUAGAGCGACUAGCCCAAACGUUGUCCAAGAUCGACCUCACGGAAGUCAAAGAACACAUCCGCGCCAAUAAGAAGCUCAGCAAGAUGAUCGGCCACAUCUGCGAGUUGAGCGAAGACAAUCCGCAGAAGGAGGCGGAGAUUCGGAAAUACAGCGCCAUCUAUGGGCGGUUCGAUUCAAAGAGGCGGGACGGCCGGCAGCUUACGAUGCACGAGCUAACGGUCAAUGAAGCAUCCGCUCAGCUGUGCAUGAAAGAUCUAUCGCUGCUGACCCGAAGAGAUGAACUUUUCUCACUGGCCAGGCAGAUUUCACGCGAAGUUACCUACAAAUACACCCGCAGGAGCAGCAGGUCCCACUGUGGUGAUGAAAAUGAACCAUCUCCCAAGAGGAUCAAAUCUGAAAUCUCGUCUCUGUGGGAUGAUGGAGGAAACACUGGUUUUGUGAGAGUGGACCAACAGUUAUACUCAGCUAAUGGCCCUGCAUUUGAAGGUCAGCGCAUCUAUUAG